GAUUGCUGUAAUAUCAGAACAAAAAUUAGACUUUGCCUCAAGACCAGAUUGACCACCACGAGCACUCGACAGCCAGCUGAAUCCAGAGUUUGCUUUACAUUUGCUAACGCUCUGCAGAACCUAACCAACUGUCAAAAUGAGCACACAUAGGAGCGAAGAGGUCGUCAUUGACACCACCUGCACCACCGUCCACACUCUGGGUCGGCAAAUAGGAAAGAAGGGCAGGCGGCUGCGCUACAUGCAGAAAGAUGGCAGUUUUCCUGUGGUUUUCCAGAAGGCUCCUGGACACUGGAGCCCGUUCCUGGUUGACAUCUUCACCACUCUAGUUGAAAUCCGCUGGAGGGUGAUGUUCCUGAUAUUUUGCCUUUCGUACAUUCUCUCCUGGCUCUUAUUUGGCCUCUGUUAUUGGCUCAUUGCGUUCGUGAACGGCGACGGUGAGAACGAAGAUGAUGAUCUCUGCAUAUACAAUGUCCGCGGUUUCACCGAAGCCUUCAUGUUCUCAAUGGAGACCCAGGCAACUAUCGGCUAUGGCUUCAGGGGGAUGUCUGAGAACUGCAUUGUGGCCAUUAUCGUGGUGACAGUCCAAGACCUCUUUAGCUGCCUCCUUGACACCAUUGUCAUUGGUGUUGUUGUGGCUAAGAUGGCAUCUCCUCGUAAGAGAGCCCAGACUGUGGGUUUUAGCAGAAGGGCAACGGUCAACCUGCGAGACGGAGUUCUGUGUCUGUCAUGGCGCCUCGGAGACUUCAGAGGUAAUCACAUGGUGGAGGGCGUCGCCAGGGCCCAAUUAGUGCGCUGCGUGAAACAGUCUCAGGGGUCAGGGGUCGUUAUGUCCUACAAGGAUCUGGACAUCCAGAACCGGGAUAUUGUCCUCGCCAUACCAACCACUGUUAUCCACAGGCUGGAGCCUGGAAGUCCACUCUAUAGCCUGGGCCCAGAGGACCUGCUGGGGGAUGAGUUUGAACUGGUGGUGUCUUUCACUUACACCGGAGACUCCACGGGUAUGCUCCACCAGACCCGCACCUCCUACUCGCCAGUGGACAUUCACUGGGGCCAGCGUUUCACCGACAUGUUGAAACUGGGCAAGAGGCACUACAAGGUGGACUACGCUCUGUUCAACGAGACCACAUGGGUGCCGGUGCCUUUGCUCAGUGCAGAGCAGUAUGACCGAGAGCGGCGUCCCGUCGAGAGCUGCGGCUCCUUCAGUCGGCCAGUGAAGAGAAAAGGACACACGUUUCAUGUGAAUCAGGAGAUCACAGACGAGGAGAUGCAACAGACUUGUUUGUAGCUUGAGCUGCGCAGUGCAGGCACGGUGUACUGUAAAUAUAUUUAUAUGUGACUUUGGACAAUUCAUGAAUUGUUUUUGUGUGUAUAUAUAUAUACAUAUACAUAUACAUAUAUACACAUACAUAUAUAUAUAUACACAUAUAUAGAUCUGUUUAUAUCUGUUUUGCGUGUAUAUAUACUUACUCAGCAUCUGCCCUUUUGCCUUCUGAUAAGGUGAGGGCAACAGUAUAAGAACAAUUAUCUGUAAGAACAAGGGUCACAACUGUAUUUUUUUUUUUUUUUCAACUGAAUAUAAUGACGGGCUGCCCUUUUUUUUCAAUCCAGCCUCUGUCCCUUGAAAUAUCUGUGCACACCACUGAUCUGUAUGUUUGUUUAUGCAUGUAUGCG